ACCUACUGAGUCUAGUUGAAAUCACAAGAGCAACGUAGACGUACCCACGGGCGUUUUCUAGAACAAAAGUGUCACUUUUGAAGCUGCGUAGUUGAGGAAUAUCUUAACAGGAGAGAGAUAGCGGCAAAUUGAAGGUUUACAACGACAAUGAACAAAGUGAAGAUGGCAAAGGCUGUUAGCUGCCAGUCUCGAGUCAUCGCUUAUCUUCCCAGUUUACGAGCUCUUCUACAACGGUUACGUGCUGCGCCAUCAGCGCCCACAAGUCUCAGUUCUAUGGUUCAACCACCACACGCCUUUGCUAUCCAGAAACCUUCCACCGAAACAGCAGUUCAACCAGCUGUUAUGACUACUAGGGGUAACGUGUUUGAACCUAAUCCUGUCUUGCCAAUGCCUGGCGACAGAGCAUAUGUUGCUGAAGUGGAUCAGUCAGUUGCGACAUGCAAGUCUUUCUCAAGGCAUGCAGCAAUGGAGUCACUAACCAUGCCCGUCAAUUUUGAAGACGAUUUUAAAGUCCAUCAGAACCCCGUUGCAACUUCUAAAUCUGCAGUCGAGUUUACCAUCCAACAGUGUCCAACAUUUUUAAGACGUAGUUUUAUGGAGUUGUUUCCUGAUGCACCCGUUCUCGACCAGGAUUUCACUGUCAUGAUGCUCAGCCAGCGAACACAACAUGAUAUGACUGCUUGGUCACCAUCAGUUGAGAAAGAGAGGGAGGAGCUUCUUGAUCACUUUUUCGAAGUAGCGAAAUGUGUAUGUGGAAAGCUGACAGCGUCUGGAUAUUGGGCAGACUUUGUCGAUCCUUCAUGUGGUAGAGCGUUUUAUGGUUCAUACACCAACAGCACACUGUUCGAGACUGACGAACGAUUUCGUUACUUUGGAUUUGAGAUUCUCGAUCUCGGCUGCUGCAAGUGUGUAAGCCACCAUCUGUGGGGAGCCCACGCUUACGUGGGCGCCAUCUUUACAAACGCACCUUCGAAUGCUCAAGCUGUAAAGGAAUUAGCCAGCAUGGGAUAACUGUAUUAGUGUGUAUUGAAACAUGGUGUGUUGUAUGUAAAGUAUAAUAGAGCAGUAUGAUAUUGUAAUAUUGUGGCAUUGUUUAUGAUGUCAAAUAUACUAAAGUGACU